AUGCCGCGAAAAGAAUUUGAUACGUAUGAACUUCAAUUGGCCGAUGCAAUAGACGUUGAAAGGCCAAUUAAGGCCUCGGAUCUCACUGGAGAUAUCCAUGAUAUCUUCAAAACAUGGGAUCAGGCUGACGAUGAAACAUACGAGUUACUUGUUCCAAGUCUGCUACUUGCCUCGAGACUCAUUGACGUCGGGAUGCCAUAUAUUUCAUCUUUCCUUCCAUCCAAGAACAAAGGGUUCUGGGUCAACGAGGACGGCAAAGAAGAAUUGCCGAACGAGAUUCCUCUCAACCCAGAUCCCUCCCUGAGUGACAUUCGUGAGGCGGAGGAAGACCUCAGGGAACUAGCGAAGGAUUUGAAAUGGCGUGUGAAUAACACAAUGCAUACUAAAAUGAAGUGGAUGGGUGUUACAAGACUUGCAGACACUGGUGACGAACCCUGGCGGCCCUUGAAUUACGAUACUGUCAAGGCUUGGGACCAACAGGCACGGGCGCGGGGCAAGACACGUCGACCUCUGAUUAUUGGAAUCAUGGGAGAAUACGUGAAGGCUCUCAAAGAAUCCGAUCCCAGAAGCGAAGAACAUUUGCGAGCGAUUUUCAUGGCCGGCAUCACAAUAGCUCACGAAAUCGGUCAUGCGAUCUUCCACAAUGAUUUUCGAUCGUUCAACCCGAUGGGGGAGCCAUAUGUUGGGGAUGAUUGUGAAGCGGAAAUGGGGUUUUCCUUCAUUUCCUGGAUUUUCAGCGGCUUCCACCCUCAGAUGUCACCCAACAAAGUGGACUUCAAAAGAACCCUGUUUUGGGAACCGCAAUAUACCUUGUCGAUGGGCAAAAGGCCAUUUGAUAAGACGUGCUAUGCAAUACCAAUCUAUUACCUCGAGGAGAAACUUUCACAGAAAUUCUGGGAUGAUCUUGGUCCGCCACAUCAGGCCAAUUUCUCGGCGAGGGCAAGGAAGGCAUUAAGACCAGACACUGACGGGAAGACGAGACGAAUAGCAAUUGGCAAGGAGCCAAAUUGGUCGUACUCGUACCUUCGACUAAGGCCACAGUGGAACAGAUCCAACGGUUUCAGAAUGCCUGGGUAUAACGAAAGGGACAAGAUUGUAGGACUAUCCAGCGAAGAGAUUGAGUACGAGAAGGAGCGAGUCAAAGACACCCCAACUAAUCGCCGUUAUGCAGCCAUGUCUAGGAAGGAGAGGGAAACCCGUGUUGGCCUGAUCAACACCAUGAUAGGUGGUGACUAUUAUGAUUCUGAACCUGAACUUGAAGAAGCUUUUAAUCGAAAACGCGUCAAGAUUAAGAUUGAGGAUGAGGAUGAGGAUUCUCAGUCCCAGGACCCUUGGCCUGGAGCUUGGGAAUCACCUGCUAGAGAGUCCAGACACCCACCCGGGAAUCAGAGAGAAGAAACAGCACCCAUGCUUCCCGAGAAUCCUGGAUUAGAAGGUUCGGGGGAGACAGUCACAGAAAUGGUCCAAGACAUAGCAGCUCGUGGCGCGGCUCUGCAUGGCUUCGUCCGUAGGAGAGACGAAUCGGGCUCUGGUCUUCCGGAACGACUUAAUUCCGGGCUCUCUAUAUUGGAAGAAGUAGAGGACUAUGAGGAAGAGGUGGAGAGAGAAGAAGCCGCAGAAGAUGAAGCCGCACGACGGCUUGCUUCCGAAUCCUAUAUGCUGGGGGAUCCAGAGGAUACUGAUGAUGAUGAUGAUGAGCCGUCAGUCGACCCUGAAACCGCACUACGAUUUGCUCCCGAGCUCUGGAUAGCGGAGAACCCAGAGGAUUACGAGGAAGAGAUGGAAAGAGAGUAUGAAGCUGCAGAGAGAGCACGCGGCUCCCGUUCCCAUAUGGCUGAUAUAUACGAUCGGGUCAGAGGAGAUGAUGAUUUUGAUGACGAGGAUUUUAAUUGGGGAGACUAGUAAGGCAACGAAAGAGUGACUCGAGAUGAAUGUGCAUUUGAUCUUGAAAGUAUUGGUGAUAUCUGUAACUUGCGGUGCUUUCUAUGGUAGCAUUCUUUUGACCGCCGCCUUGAACAAUAUUUUAC